CACAUAAUGCAACAAAGUGUUUGGAUAUUUAACCUUCUUUCUCUAUAAAUAAAGAGUUGGGCAAGCAGUGGAGCUCCCAAGUAAAGCUUUUUGCUACUUCUUACUUUUGAGUUAGUAAUUUAUUGCUUCAAAAUUCUGUUUCAAUGGCUCCAGCACCAAUUUUUCCUGUCAAAGUUGGUCAUAUUGAUGAUGUUCAGGAACUGAGAAAGGCCAAACCAACCACAAUUCCUGAAAGAUUUGUUAGGGACUUAACUGAGAGGCCAACAAUGGCCACAGCUUUAUCAUCAGCUACUGACAUUCCCAUUAUCAACUUCUCAAAGCUCAUCAAAGGCAACCCAGAUGAGUUUCAUAGUGAAAUCUUAAACCUCACUACUGCCUGUGAACAGUGGGGAUUCUUUCAGGUGAUCAACCAUGAGAUUGAUCUCAGUUUACUUGAAAGCAUAGAGAAGGUGGCCAAAGAUUUCUUCAUGCUGCCUUUAGAAGAGAAACAAAAAUACCCCAUGGCUCCAGGGACAGUUCAAGGAUAUGGACAAGCUUUUGUGUUUUCGGAAAACCAAAAAUUAGACUGGUGUAACAUGUUUGCUCUUGGGGUUGAGCCUCACUGCAUAAGGAACCCAAAACUGUGGCCUGCAGAACCAGCUGAGUUCAGUCAAACUCUGGAGAAUUAUUCAAGCAGAGUGAGGAAACUUUGUGAGAAUCUGUUGAAAUAUAUAGCAAUGAGCCUGGGUUUGAAAGGUGAUGUAUUUGAAAAAAUGUUUGGGGUAGCUGUGCAAGCUGUGAGAAUGAAUUACUACCCACCAUGUUCAAGACCUGACCUUGUUUUGGGUCUUAGCCCACAUUCAGAUGGAAGUGCUCUCACAGUGCUGCAACAGGGCAAGGGUAGCUCAGUAGGACUUCAAAUUCUUAAGAACAACACAUGGGUCCCUGUUCAGCCUAUUGCAAAUGCACUUGUUGUAAACAUUGGUGACACAAUGGAAGUUUUAACAAAUGGCAGAUACAAAAGUGUGGAGCACAGGGCAGUGACACACAGAGAAAAAGACCGACUCUCCAUUGCCACAUUCUACGCUCCUGAUUAUGAAACAGAGCUUGGUCCAAUGCCUGAACUGUUGGAUGAAAACAACCUAUGCAAGUAUAGAAGAUAUAACCAUGGAGAGUACAGUAAACACUAUGUAACAAACAAGUUGCAGGGCAAGAAAACCCUGGAUUUCGCCAAGAUUGAAAUUGACUAUUCUACAUAAUUAAAGAAGGCUCCACUUGCUCCCCCUCUUAUAGGGUACCCAUAAUUAGACUUUUCAUAUCAUGUAAAAAAAAAAAAAAAAAAAAGUAGUGUUAUUAAUGUUUCAACUUUCACAUGUGUUUGUGAAUAGAAUAAAGACCAAAAUCCAAGUUUCAUGUUAUGUAUUGUGCCUCUUUGAUGGACAACACUGUUUAUGAAUCAUGUAUAAUU